GAUAUAAAUCAACGGUGGAUCUGUACAUUCGCAUAGGUACAAGCACACAUCCGCAAAAUUGAUCAUCACCAACGCAUGGACAUUUUAAUGAACCCACCACCUCUUCUUCCUCGCUUUGGAAUAAAAGUCUGCGUAUACCUUUGACGCCGUACCAUUUACCCACCGGCGAGUUGAUAAACCCUUGUCGUGUCUUCUCUUUCUUCUUCAUCCUCGGGAAAACGGGUCCAGAUCGGUGGAUUUGCUUUCAACUCUUGCCCCGUCGGUGCCGUUCGGCUUCUCUCAGCAAUCGGCUCUAUUUUGCGGAAUCGAGUGGCGUAAUUGGAAACUUUCGCGAGAUUUUCGAUGAUUGCUGUGUCGAUGCAGAUGAAAAUUUGAGCGAUCGCUCUGGCCUCCUCUGCGUUCACCACCCUCUCUGCAUUCUUCUUGGUAAUGGCGCUUCCGAGGGUACGUGAUGAGGAGAGCGCCGCCUCCGGAGGCGAGGACUCGCCGACGAGCAAGAAGGCGAGGUCGGAUUCUAGGUUUCCACUAUCGCGGUGUGAACUGGCUGCCGCAAUCGCUGUUUUUGUCACGUUCGUCGUCGGCAUCCUUUCUAUAUUCAGCACAAUGCCCAGGGAAGAGUACGAGAAGAUUCUCCGUCUGCCGCGGAGUCUUUCCGAUCUCCGGCUUCUCAAAGAUAAUAUUGCUGUGUACGCAACAGAUUACCAAGUAAAUUUCAUGCUUGGCUAUUGUUCGGUAUACAUCUUCAUGCAGACAUUUAUGAUUCCUGGAACCAUCUUCAUGUCUUUGCUAGCUGGUGCUCUUUUUGGAGUUGGCAAAGGUCUUGUUUUGGUUGUUUUUACCGCAACUGCUGGUGCAUCAUCCUGUUACUUCCUCUCAAAAAUUAUUGGCAGGCCUUUAGCUAGUUGGCUGUGGCCGGAAAAGCUGAGAUUUUUCCAGGCAGAGAUUGCCAAACGCAAGGAAAAGCUUCUCAAUUACAUGCUGUUUUUAAGGAUAACUCCAACCUUACCAAACACAUUUAUAAACUUGGCGUCUCCGAUAGUCGACAUACCAUUUCACAUAUUCUUUUUCGCAACUCUAAUUGGCCUUAUUCCCGCUUCUUUUAUUACCGUUAGGGCUGGCCUUGCUCUCGGAGACCUGAAAUCCCUAGGAGAUCUAUAUGACUUCAAGACCUUGGUGGUUCUCUUCUUGAUUGGAUCUGUAGCAAUAUUUCCAAGCAUUUUGAAGAGGAAGCGUAUCUAUGAAUGAACCUUCAGGCUUUUCCAGGUAAACAUUAGGAGAAAGAAAGGAGUCUUAAAACAAUAGAACUAUGGGUAAAGAUAGGACGAGCACACAAUUAGGCUUUCUCCCUUUUAGUUAACAAGUGCUGAUAUACUAAUUGGUGCUCUCAUGGCAGCCCAUGAUUAGUGGAAAGUAGAGGCAGUGUUUCCAAAAAAAAAAGUUUGAAACUUUUUCCACUAAUCCUUGGCUGCCAUGGCUGAGCCCCCACUGGUAUGCAUUUGGGGUUGGUAGCUACCUUCUGAUUUUGCUUCACCACUUAGUAGAAGCUUUAGGAGGUGGAGUGCAUUUUAAUGUUAUGUGGUAUUUGGUGGAUCAUUUAUGCCAUCAUUUUUAUUGUUUCUUUAUUUCAAGUUAGUUUUUACA